CCAGCCUAACUACUGAGCAUCACACACACUCUGACACUCACAGGCAUCUGAUCGGGGGAAAGGCACCAGGGUGUUCGUGUGACUCUGAGAUGUACUAUUGUGUAUCUCUUCUCAGUUCUAUCUUACAUCACUAUUUUCUCACAUUGUGGUUCAGGCAAUGGUGGACACGGUUACAGACUACUAAUCUACUGGAACAAACUACAUUUAAACUGUAAAGCUGAAGCUGAAAGAAGUAGCAGAUUGGGGGGGGAUUCUCAUUUGAUCAGCAUGACCUCAGACCACAACCUAUUUUAGACAUUUUUCCCUGCCUAUCAGAACCUCUGGACUGAACCAUGAGUUCUUGCGUGACCCUGUCGUCAGGGCAUAAGAUUCCCCUGGUGGGGCUGGGCACCUGGAAGAGUGCCCCCGGACAGGUGAAGCAGGCGGUGCUGACGGCUCUAGACUGUGGCUAUAGACACAUUGAUUGUGCUGCUGCGUACAGUAAUGAGCAAGAGGUCGGGCAGGCACUGGCUCAGAGGCUGGGACCAGGAAAGGCCCUGCGUCGUGAGGAUGUGUUUCUGACCUCUAAGCUGUGGAACACCCAGCAUCACCCUGAUGAUGUAGAGACAGCCUGUAGGAAGAGUCUAAUACAUCUGGGACUGAACUACCUGGACCUCUACCUCAUGCAUUGGCCCAUGGCCUUCCAGCGUGGGACAGAGCUGAUGCCCAAGCGGGCUGAUGGGAGUGUGUGUUACGAUGACAUACACUACCAGGAAACCUGGGUUGCCAUGGAGAGCUUGGUUGAUAAGGGGCUGGUCCGAGCCAUCGGUCUGUCCAACUUCAACGCCAGACAGAUAGACGAUGUCAUCAGCAUCGCCAAACACAAGCCUGUAGUCAACCAGGUGGAGUGUCACCCAUACCUGUCCCAGGCCAAGCUGCUGAGUCACUGCAGGUCGGUAGGUGUAUGUGUGACGGCCUACAGCCCCCUGGGUAGUGGUGACAGGCCCUGGGCCUCGCCUGACGAACUCUGCCUGCUGCAGGACCCUGGACUGGGGGCUAUCGCCCUCCGCCACAGCAUGACCCCUGCUCAGGUCAUACUCAGGUGGCAGGUACAGAGAGGGGUAGUCUGCAUCCCCAAAAGUGUCACCCCCUCCAGGAUCCAGCAGAACCUACAGGUGUUUGACUUCUCUCUGUCGGAUGAAGACAUGAAGCAGAUGGAGUCAUUCAGCAGAAACGAGAGGUACAUCGUCCCAGCUGUGGAGAGGGAUGGAAAGAGAGUGUGGAGGGAUGCAGAGCACCCCCAUUUCCCCUUCAAUGAUCCGUACUGACCCCACAUCUAGAGACAGAUCAACUGACCCCACAUCUAGAGACAGAUCAACUGACCCCACAUCUAGAGACAGAUCAACUGACCCCACAUCUAGAGACAGAUCUACUGACCCCACAUCUAGAGACAGAUCAACUGACCCCACAUCUAGAGACAGAUUAACUGACCCCACAUCUAGACACAGAUCAACUGACCCCACAUCUAGACACAGAUCAACUGACCCCACAUCUAGAGACAGAUCUACUGACCCCACAUCUAGAGACAGAUUAACUGACCCCACAUCUAGAGACAGAUUAACUGACCCCACAUCUAGAGACAGAUCAACUGACCCCACAUCUAGAGACACAUCAACUGACCCCACAUCUAGAGACAGAUUAACUGACCCCACAUCUAGAGACAGAUUAACUGACCCCACAUCUAGAGACAGAUUAACUGACCCCACAUCUAGAGACAGAUUAAGUGAACCCACAUCUAGAGACAGAUUAACUGACCCCACAAUGAGACAGAUUAACUGACCCCACAUCUAGAGACAGAUUAACUGACCCCACAUCUAGAGACAGAUUAACUGACCCCACAUCUAGAGACAGAUCAACUGACCCCACAUCUAGAGACAGAUCAACUGACCCCACAUCUAGAGACAGAUCUACUGACCCCACAUCUAGAGACAGAUCAACUGACCCCACAUCUAGAGACAGAUCAACUGACCCCACAUCUAGAGACAGAUCAACUGACCCCACAUCUAGAGACAGAUCUAUUGACCCCACAUCUAGACACAGAUCAACUGACCCCACAUCUAGAGACAGAUCAACUGACCCCACAUCUAGAGACAGAUCAACUGACCCCACAUCUAGAGACAGAUCAACUGACCCCACAUCUAGAGACAGAUCAACCGACCCCACAUCUGGAGACAGAUCAACUGACCCCACAUCUAGAGACAGAUCAACUGACCCCACAUCUAGAGACAGAUCUACUGACCCCACAUCUGGAGACAGGUCUACUGACCCCACAUCUAGAGACAGAUCAACUGACCCCACAUCUGGAGACAGAUCAACUGACCCCACAUCUGGAGACAGAUCAACCGACCCCACAUCUGGAGACAGGUCUACUGACCCCAUAUCUGGAGACAGGUCUACUGACCCCACAUCUAGAGACAGAUCAACUGACCCCACAUCUGGAGACAGAUCAACUGACCCCACAAUGAGACAGAUCAACUGACCCCACAUCUGGAGACAGAUCAACUGACCCCACAAUGAGACAGAUCAACUGACCCCACAUCUGGAGACAGGUCUACCGACCCCACGUCUGGAGACAGGUCUACCGACCCCACGUCUGCAGACAGGUCUACCGACCCCACAUCUGGAGACAGAUCAACUGACCCCACAUCUCGACAUUAUUUAUGAGAGGUAUUGACAUGUUGAAUGCGCCAAGGUGUCUGUCUAAACUACUGGCACACAGCUCCGACACCCAUGCAUACCCCACAAGACAUACCACAAGAGGUCUCUUCACAGUCCCCAAGUCCAGAACAGACUAUGGGAGGCACACAGUACUACAUAGAGCCAUGACUACAUGGAACUCUAUUCCACAUAAAGUAACUGAUGCAAACAGUAAAAUUAGAUUUAAAAAAAAACAGAUUAAAAAAACACCUAAUGGAACAGCGGGGACUGUGAAGCAACACAAACAUUGGCACAGACACAUGCAUACACACACACAUACGAUAACAUACGCACUAUACAUACACAUGGAUUUAGUAAUGUAGAGAUGUUGUAGUGGUGGAGUAGGGGCCUGAGGGCACACAUUGUGUUGUGAAAUCUGUGAAUGUAUUGUAAUGUUUUAAAAUUGUAUAAAUUGCCUUAAUUUUGCUGGACCCCAGAGGAGCUGCUUUGGCAACAGCUAAUGGGGAUCCAUAAUAAAUACAAUACACAGAUCUACUGACCUCACAUCUAGA